ACGGAGCUCCCCAUACACUCAAGCCAGCGGUAGAGCACACCAGUGCCCAUACUCAGAAAAGAGAACUUGGAAGGGGGAAUGAAGGAGCACUUGCCCCUGUCUCCAGUGCCUGUUGUGUGCCUAUCUUCCAGAGCUAAACUCAGCAUGAUCAACACCAUGUCAAAAAUCCGCGGGCAGGAGAAGGGGCCAGGCUACCCACAGGCAGAAGCACUGCUAGCGGAGGCCAUGCUCAAGUUCGGAAGAGAGCUUGGAGAUGACUGCAACUUUGGCCCAGCGCUUGGUGAGGUGGGGGAGGCCAUGCGGGAGCUCUCAGAGGUGAAAGACUCUCUGGACAUGGAAGUGAAGCAGAACUUCAUUGACCCCCUUCAGAACCUUCAUGACAAAGAUCUGAGAGAAAUUCAGCAUCAUCUAAAGAAGUUGGAGGGUCGACGCCUGGACUUUGAUUAUAAGAAGAAACGACAAGGCAAGAUUCCAGAUGAAGAGCUCCGUCAGGCUCUGGAGAAAUUCGAUGAAUCUAAAGAAAUUGCUGAGUCAAGCAUGUUCAAUCUCUUGGAGAUGGAUAUUGAACAGGUGAGCCAGCUGUCUGCACUCGUCCAAGCCCAGCUGGAGUACCACAAGCAGGCCGUCCAGAUCCUGCAGCAAGUCACCGUCAGACUGGAAGAAAGAAUAAGACAAGCUUCAUCUCAGCCUAGAAGGGAAUAUCAGCCUAAACCACGAAUGAGCCUGGAGUUUACAACUGGAGAUAGUACUCAGCCCAACGGAGGCCUCUCCCACACGGGUACACCCAAACCUGCAGGUGCCCCAAUGGAUCAGCCUUGCUGCCGAGCUCUGUACGACUUUGAACCUGAAAAUGAAGGGGAGUUGGGUUUUAAAGAGGGUGAUAUCAUCACACUCACUAACCAAAUUGAUGAGAACUGGUAUGAGGGGAUGCUUCAUGGCCAGUCAGGCUUCUUCCCCAUCAACUAUGUGGAGAUUCUGGUUGCCCUGCCCCAUUAGAAUAUUAGGCUGGCAGGCUUACCUCCUCUUGACCCAGAUAGUUAAGUUUAACCACUGCUUUGGUAAUGCUGCUUACAACACAUCCCAAAUGCAGGCCGCAGUGGUCCAAGUCAUCAAGCCCCACCGAGUAUCUUUGGUUGACUUGUGUGAUCCCACAAGAGUCAUGGUGAUGGGUGGUAUCUUCUUAGGCUGGUGGGCAUGGCAUGUGCUUUUUAAACACCAUCUGAGACCAGUUGGUAGUCACUGAACUGCUGUUUACACGGUCCUCAGGAGGCUGUGGCUUCUUAGAAUAUGACCAUGAGCCACAUUACGGUAAAACCAUCCUACUGAAGAUAUUAUCUAUCACCUAGGGGCCAUCUCAAGGUCUCAGGUUCUCCAUUUCAAUAGGAGAAAGGUCUUGCUUUCCCAUUGCCCCCUCCCAAAUAUGUGAGCCACAGAAUUGUAGAAGAAAGCCUCCCUCACCAGCAACUUGUCUUCUGGCCUGAAUGCAUCAGUCCCUUGAUGCUAUCAGUAGGACAGUGUCGAAUGUGAGUUAGAAACCUUUUCUGAAAACAGUCACUUUUGUUCCUCCCAAUUAUGCCUAUUUCUGAGGGACAGCCAGUUUUCUUCCCUCCCUGCUCAUAAAGCCAGAGGGGGACUCCCACUGUAUUUCUGAGUAAGGCAGUUAGCAGUCACACAUGGUAGGAGAGGCUGAAGAGAAGAGAUGGUCCGUUAUGAGGAAACGGGAAAACAUCUGGUUUCCAAGCUUAAAUUUCUUGCUGCAGAGAAACCACUUAUGUAUUUAGGCCAUUUCCAAAGGUACAGGGAAGAGGGAACACAUAUGUUCACUUCAGUUUUAUUUAUGAAUUACGUGCGUCAUGAGUCCAUUUGGCACAGACACACAAGGAGAAAAACACAAGAAACCAUUAUUCCACGAGUUCCUAGACCAAGAAACAGUAACUGUCUUUCCUUUCCGCUUCCACCUUGUGUUCUUUGAAUGUCAUUUGUGCAGAUUCUGCCCUCAAUGAGGACCAAAUAAAGACGAUUUUUGU